AUGGAAGUGCCAAUCGCAGCGUGGGUGAGGCGCAACAGCGGCCGCAGGACAUUUCGCCCGUAUAUUGACGCCUUCGAGGCAACAGAUGAGGAGUUCAUGCGAAUGUACAGACUUACGAAGCCAAUGGUUCGCUGGCUAUGCGACCAGCUACGGUCCACCCUCCGUCCAAAAAGAAGGACUCGGACGGCGCUGUCCGUGGAGAGACAGAUUCUCAUCACCCUGCGGUUCUACGCCACAGGCAGUUUUCAAGGGGCGGUAGCUAGCGACCGGCACAUGGCAGUCUCGCAGAGCACCAUCAGCAAGGUGCUCUUCAAGGUGACGAAUGCCAUAGUGCUACAGCUGGCGCCCCUGUGGAUACGAUUCCCGACCGAACCCGACGAGAUCCGUGAGGUCAUGCGGGCAUUCAAGACCAAAUGGAGAUUGCCCGGCGUGAUUGGCUGCGUCGACGGGUCGGUCAUUGGUAUCCUGGCCCCAUCUGAGAGGAGCGGGCAGUACCAGAAGAGUGCUUUCUUCUGCUGGAAGCAGUACUUCGCAAUCAAUGCCAUGAUCGUGCGUGACGCGUCGAUGCGGAUCACGUCGAUGGAUUGCUCGUUUUCCGCCGGAGCACACGAUGCCUACGUGUGGAGGCACAGUGACAGUGGCUAUCCACUGCAACCGUGGCUGCUAACGCCGUUGCCUGGAGACCCUCCCCCCAACACUCCGGAGGCCCGAUACAACAGACGCCACAAAGCGGCGCGCGGCAUAGUGGAGAAAUGUAUCGGACUGCUGAAGUCAAGGUUUCGCUGCCUGCAGCGAUACAGGACUCUCCACUACAAUCCGCACAGGGCCUCAAACAUUGUUGUGGCACGCGCCGUGCUCCACAACAUAUGCAUCCACGCACGGGCACCACCUACCGAGGACGCAGGGGAGGGUGACGACGACGACGGCGGUGAAGAUACCCCGGCUACGACGAGCAGCCCUAACGCGGAUGCUCCCCCGGACAGGGAGAUCUAUAACAUCGGGGCAGCUGUUCGUGCAAGAGUGAUUGAGCCGCUGUCGUAG